AUGGGGAACAGUUAAGACACACAAACAACAAAUGAUUUACGAUAUGGAAAAGUGAAUAAGUUCACAUACGAAAAUUCAUUGAUAAUUUAAAAGGUUGUUGACUUUAAGAAUGCCCCUGAUUAAUUGGCUAAUUGCAUUCAUAGAUGCCAAUUAAGUCAAUCAAUAAAUCAUAAGAACAUAAUAAAAUUGCACAAAUAUGAAGUAGAUCAACUUAAUGUUUCAAUAUAUUUUGAACAUUAUGAUUAUGAUUUAUAAUAGGACAUUUAGAAAAGAAAACUAAAUAAUGUAAGAAUGAUGAAGUAUAAUUAAGAACUAUUACCAAGAACAUGAACUUUUACAGAUGCUUGAUCAAUUCAUUUCAGCGUUAGCCUACCUUUAAUAAUAAUAAAUUUUUCAUGAUGAUAUUAGACCUUAAGUAUAACUUAUGAUAACUAGAAUAUUUUUUUGACUCCAAAUGAUACAAUAAAAUUGAAUUAAUAAUGGGUGAUUGAUAACACUCAAAAUUAGCAAAGAUAUUAUGCUCCUGAAUAAAUUUAGCAAUAACUGUCAAAUGUACAACUUAACCCUUUUAAAAGUUCAGCAUAUAGUUUAGGAAUAACAAUGCUUAAUUUAAUGACACUAACAUCGAUGGAUAUCGUCUAUCUUAAAAAUCAAGUGAAUUAAUAGUUAGUCAAUGAAUUAUUAAGAUGUACAAAUUACUCAAAUAAACUGGUUAACAAAAUUCAACACUUAUUAUUUUAAUAUCCACAAUAACGAGCUGAUUAUAUGUUUCAGAUAAACAAAUAAGCUAAUUUACAGCAAAAGUUAAUGUCUAGUCCACCAAAAACCAUAACUUCUAGUUAAAGAUAUGUUUAUAGAGCAUGCUAAUCACCUUUAACAAGAACAAUUUAACCUCGUCAUUCCCCUUUUACUUUUAGAAGGAUAGCAACUUCCAUUUAACAACCUCAUCCAUAAUAAAUAGCCAUUAUACAUAGUAGUCCUAGAUAAAUUGUAAAGACUUCUAGUCCAAUAAAUAUAGUUAAAUAAUAAGAACAAUAAUCUUAACUUAUGUUUACUCCAAAUUAAUCCAUAAAAAAUAAAGAAAUUAUUCAAAAAUUAAAUGAAGCAACUCCUAAAACAGAUUUAGAUUAUAGGAUAUAGAAAGCUUUAAAAUAAACUAAUGAAACACUUAAAAAGAAUUACAUGUUGUAAUGA